AUGGAAGAAUCAUCGGCUCGAAAAGUGGAGUCAGCUUCCCCUCCAGCUCCACCGCUAGCACUGCCGCUAUCAACUCUCCACUGCAAAACAGUUUCCCCUCUGCGUCCACCUCUCCUUGUCUUAGCUAAGAAGAAGCUUAUGAUUUUACAUUUUCUCUUACCACUUCAUUUUCACUCCUCUCAAUUACUAACAAUUAGGGAUCUCAAGGCUACACUGAAUUAUUUGGUGGGAAGCAGUUUAUCCAACAAGGUGAAUAGGUCCGGAAAGCUCAAGAAUAAUGCAACACAUUACUCAGUUGAUAUCGAGUUACAUGAUUAUCAAUAA